GUAUUUUCAAGCUGGGUUGAUAGUCUGACGUCAUCAUGAUAUUUCUUUUUUAUUCAGAAUCAAGAACCCCAAGGGUUAAUUUCAAGAAAUAGUAUAUGAAACACAAGCAAAAAAAUCACCAGUACAAAAUCAAGGACACAAAGAUAACACACAUGUACCAAAACAGAAGAUUUGUCCUCCCGAACUGACUUGCCAAUGACGUCACGAGCGCAAACUAGCUUGCGAGAGAGAACUGCGAGAAUCCGCCUUGGGUUCCAGUCUGUCGUCGGCAAGCAGAAGAGUCCGUGACAUCGUACGGGAAGGAAGGAUUAGCGGCCUCUCUGUGAAGAGUUCUUCGUGUCAUCGUCAGGCCGUAGAGGCAUUAUAUUCUCCAUCAUGAGCCUGUGGGAAUCGAGAGAUAUGAAAAGGCUCAAGGUGGGAGACGGUUUGAGUCGGCAAUAUUAUCUGGCUAACCAAGACGCAGUUCAACAGUCAAACGCCAGCUUUUGGACGGGAAUAAAAUGUGUAACAGCGGUAAUGCGCUUAAGGAACUUGCUGGUUGGAUGCCUCUCACUAUGUUUGGUCAGCAAGCCAUGGAGAGUGUUGCAAUCUGCCCUGGUUAGUGCCUCAGAAGCAGCCCAGACUUCGGUAAAGCAGCCCAAACCACAGCCACUAUUUGAGAGCAUCACAACAUUGGGAAUCUCGUAUUUACACAUAAGUCCAAAACUAAGGAUAUGUUACUUCAUUUCCAUACUGUUUUUUAUGUCCUUUAUGGGAGAUAGUGUAGAGGUUCCCCACCUACAGCUUUUAACGGGCAAGAAAAGUACUCUUAAUCAGGUUUUUGUGAAACUCGGAUGGGGAUGGACUUUCUCCAUUAUAGGCAUUUUCAGUCUUUUUUCUCUUCUAAUUCACAAAGACUGGAUCAAAAGGAUGAAGUGCAUUGCUGUACGUUUGGCUAUCACAACAUUCUUUUUUUUCAUAUGGUGCUCGAUCACCUUUCCUACCAUUGAAAGGUAUACUGGCUACUGUAUUCACAACGGUAUUUCAUUCUCCUUCGCCAAAAGAGAAUGCGUUAAACGGCCAGAACAUGAGUAUGUCUCCUUCGAUAUCUCCGGCCAUUCCUUUCUGCUGACCUACUGCAUUAUGAUCAUAAUUGAAGAGAGCAAAGAGAUGUUAUACUUUCUUCAGCUCAGUAGAUAUUUCCGAGGAGCUCCUCCCUUAGAAGGAAACGAAUCUCAGGUUCUAGACAAGGAGGUGAAGAACCUAGAAAGUGUAUUUAAAAUAAUGUCUCCAUUGAUUAUCCUAGCUUUUAUGGCCAUGGUGGCAAUUUCUCUGCUCUGGGAUUUGAUGUUGAUUGUAACAACCAUUUAUUACCAUUCAUUGUUGGAAAAGUUACUUGGCACAGUGCUUUCUCUGUGCAUGUGGUAUAUUUUAUACAAGAGAAUCUUUUUUGUUUUGCCUGAAAUAUUGUAAUAAAGUUUAUAUAGAAAGCCUAUAAAGAGUACAAGAAGAAAUGUUAAAUUUUGCAGUCUUUAAUUUAGUAAUUGUCUUUCUUUUGGUAAUAUCCAUCUUUCUUCCAUUGGAUAUGAGAGGAACUAGUAAUUUUUAACAAGAAUAUAUAUUUAUUUGUAUAUAUUGUGUGGAAGUGUUUUCAUUUGUAAGUAUGAUAAAUCAUACUAUGGUAAUCAGAAAAGUUCUUUUGCAAAACUAAAUAGCUGUAAUACCAAGAAUUUCUGCUUAUUUUAUUGAUAAACAGAUGUAUUUUUUCAUUCUAUCUAAAGCAAGGGUCACUAGUCUUCUCUGUCCUGGGAUCCUUAGACAGCUUCGCCAAAGUCAGGUCGGUUGACCAAUCAAAAGCUGCAGCCGGCCAGACUUUGGAGAGGCUGUCUAGGGAUCUCAGGACGGAGAAGACCAGUGUGACCUUAGCUGAAAAUGACUCUUUGUUUAAGCUAUUCAUUUAAAAUGGAAGCUAUGCAACUAUUCUGUAAGCCUUUUGUAUUGCAGAGAGGACAUAUAUUUUUAGCUUGAAUACAUUUAGUGCUCAAAUAAAUUUUCUCACAUUUCAUUGGCA